AUGGCCGCCUGUUUGUUCUUUUUUUUUAUGUCUCUGUUUUAUCUGUUCAUCUUCUUCCUUACUUCAUCACUAUCUUUACUUUUUCUUUCUUUACCUGUACAUUACCACUUUUCUCACUCUGUACGUUACCUCUUUGACUUUCUCUCUAUGUACGUUGCCUCCCUCUCUCUCUCUCUGUACGUUGCCUCUCUCACUCUCUCUCUCUGUACGUUGCCUCUCUCACUCUCUCUCUCUCUGUACGUUGCCUCUCUCACUCUCUCUCUGUCGUUGCCUCUCUCACUCUCUCUCUAUCGUUGCCUCUCUCUCUCUCUCUCUCUGUCGUUGCCUCUCUCACUCUCUCUCUGUACGUUGCCUCUCUCACUCUCUCUCUCUGUACGUUGCCUCUCUCACUCUCUCUCUCUGUACGUUGCCUCUCUCACUCUCUCUCUCUGUACGUUGCCUCUCGCACUCUCUCUCUCUGUACGUUGCCUCUCGCACUCUCUCUCUCUCUCUGUUCUCUUGCCUCUCUCUCUCUCUCUCUCUCUCUCUCUCUCUGCCUCUCGCACUCUCUCUCUCUCUCUCUCUAUCCAGUUGGUGAAAGUGUCCAAAAAACGAUGGAUGAAAAAACGGUCAAGCAAAGACUGUGGUGAUAGCUCCAGCAGUGGCAAGGUAUUUGACAGGCGUUUCUCCCUGGACUCUGACUAUGUCCUUAGCAGCGAUUUGGCCCCCAACGGCUUGGCCUCUGACUUCUACGGAGACUAUGUAAGCGCCCUCUCUCUCAGCAACAAUAUUCCUUAUUUCAUACUAUUUAUCUAUUACUUACAUAUUCAUUUCACUUACUUACCUGAUUAUUUUUUUUUUUUUUUACUCACUUUAUUUACUGAUUUAUUUUCCUUCGUUAAUUUAUUAAUUCAUUAA